AUGCAAGAUGAAUCUGAUCUGUGGAUAGGAUGGAAGAAUGUGAGAUUUGGAGAUGGAAUUGUUAGGUUUGGGAAGGUUUUGAGAGGGAAGAAACGAAUCGGGAAUGGGGAUGGUGAAAAUGAGGAUGAAGAUGACAUAUUUCUAUUAGGGAGUUGUAGUUCUAAGAAAAACAAGUUCAAAAAGGUUCUAAUGAAUGCUUUUGAUAUUGAUGACCUUGGAAAUGUGGUAUAUUUUUUAGGAAUGGAUAUUUUAUGCUCUGAAAAGAGAAUAAUUGUUCAUCAACUUAAGUAUGAACUUGAGUUGCUGAAGAGAUUCGAUAUGAUGGAUUGUAAGUAUGCAAUCACACUUGCAAAAACAGACCAUAAACUGGACUCUGAUCCAUAUGGUGAGGAAGUAGAUGCUACAAUCUUCAAACAGUUGAUUGGUUCGCAUAGAUACAUGUGUAACACUAGGCCUAACAUAUGCUAUGCGGUUGGAAUGAUAAGUAGGUUUAUGAGUAAGCUAAAAUUGUUACAUUACCAAGAUGCAGUCAAAAUCCUCAGGUAUAUUAAGGGAACUUUGAAGUAUGAUAUUAUGUUUCCAUUUGGAGUGUCAAAUGACUCUGAAUUGAUAUGUUAUUUAGAUUUUGACUGGUGUGGUGACAGAGUUGAUAAAAGAAGCACAACAGAAUGCAUGUUUAUAUAUCUAAGUGCUCUCAUUUCUUGGUAUUCCAAGAAGCAACCAGUGGUUGCACUGUCAACAUGUGAAGCAGAAUACAGUGCUGGAGAUUGUCUGCGUGUCAAGUUGUUUAGAUGA